UCAUCAAUUGUAAUCCCCAAUUUUUGUUGUUGGGUGAGUUGGUUGGUUAUGGUGAGUUACUUGGGACAUCCUAUAUAAUAGUUCUUGUAUGUGGAUCCGCCUUGGCUUCGUCCCUUCUCUUCGAAGCUCCAUUUCCUUUUGGAAUCAAGAAUAAUCCUAGGGAAUCAAUCUGAUAAAUUUUCUGUAAUUUCAUCCCUUUCCACACAUAUAUACUGAAAUCUAGUCGGUAGAGUGUAUAAUUAUCUCUCCGUUUCUCUAUUUUUUUACCAUUUUCUUGACCCCUUUUCAACCCUAACUUCACCAUAUGGCUACAGUUGUCGAGUUUGAAUCUCCACAACUCUUCAACGACAUGCAAGAUCUAUUCAUUGAACCCCAGAACAAAAUGAAGAGCACAACUGAGGAAACAUCCCGAGUUGGGUGCGAGAAUAACCAUCAUGGGAUUUGUGCUGUUUGUUUAAAUAAGAUAGUGCUCCAAGAAACUGCCCUUGUAAAAGGUUGCGAGCAUGCCUACUGCGUGACUUGUAUUCUUCGCUGGGCUACCUAUAAAGAGGAACCAACAUGUCCUCAGUGUAAGCAUCCAUUUGAGUUUCUGUACGUCCAUCGCUCACUUGAUGGAAGCCUUCAGGACUACAUGUUUGAGGAGAGUGUUUGCCUUCUCCUCAGGGCAUCAUGGUUUAAACCUUUGAUUGUGGAGGAAAAGACGGAGAUUGAUGAUGACAUGGAUGACAUGUACAUGUAUGAUGAUGCAGAUGAUGAUUUUACAGAAGAUUAUUUCAUUAGCAGUUCUUCAAGACUCCGUAUAGGCAAUAGACGAUGGGGAGACAAUGGAUAUGUCAGUGCAGGAAGGCAAGAAGCGAGGCCUGUUUAUCGACCAAACCCUCAGGAAUCGGGUGCUGGUUCUUCCCGCGUGCCCAAUAAGGAGACUGCUGCUUCUAAAGAACUUGUUGGGCGGCGUGCCAAGAGGGCACUGAAGCGUGAAGCUGCUGAUAAGGCGGCUGCCGAGAAGCACCAGCAGCGUUUGGUGAGGAUGGGUCGAAAGUGAGUUCUGCUCCUGAACGACGACCCUAAAGAUCUUGACUUCAGGACUCGCGCCCCUUGUACAUAUUUCACUUCUUUUAUGUGUAAAAUAAUCGACACAGUAAAGAUGCUGGAUUUACUGGUAAAUGGUAUGCACCAUGUUCAUACCCUCUUGUCAAUUCCAGAUACAUAUAAUCAUUGACAAAUGGAAAAGGAAGCUCCUUUUUUCCCCCAAUAAAUGUACAUUGUUAGGUGAACUUCAUAUUUAUCUUUUAGAUCCUUAAGAUUAGUAAUAUAUUCCAACUCCCAUCUCUGCUUCAUAUGUUAAACUAGCUAUGGAUGGAGGAUUCAAGAAGACCUGUAAAUUUGUCUAGUUGAAUAAUACAAUAUUGGUAGUAGUCUAACUUUACCAGCUUUAUGCAGAUUCUUAUUGUAAUUUUUUUUUA